AUGGGCGAUCAGCUCUACUUCCAGGGCCAUGCAGCCCCCGGGGCCUACGCCCGGGCGUACCUGGAGGGCCGAUUGGACCUGCAGCACGUCAUGCACUUCCGACAGGAGGUGGGAGGCACCGGGCUGUCCAGCUACCCCCACCCCAGGCUCAUGCCUGACUUUUGGGAGAAUCCCACGGUCUCCAUGGGUCUCGGGCCCCUCCAGUCCGUGUGCCAGGCGCGCUACUUCCGCUACCUCCACCUCCGGGGCCUGUGCGACACAUCGGCCAGCCGGGUGUGGUGCUUCAUCGGUGAUGGCGAGAUGGACGAGCCCGAAACCAUCUACGCCAUUGCGCGCGCCGGCUACGAGAGGCUCAACAACCUCGUGAUGAUCGUGAAUUGCAACUACCAGCGCCUCGAUGGCCCUGUCCGUGGCAACUCCAAGGUCAUCCAGGAGUUCGAGGGCAUCUUCAGAGGAGCUGGGUUUGACUGCAUCAAGCUCAUCUGGGGCGAUGCAUGGAACGACCUCGUGGAUGGCGAUCACGAUGGCAAGCUCAUUGAGGUCCUCGAGCGCACCCCUGAUGGCGACUGCCAGCGUUAUGCUGCGAAGCAGGAUGGGGGCCUCAUCCGGCGCGAAAUCUUCGAGGCCAAUGGACUGGCGGACCGUGUCGCGCACCUGUCGGACGACGAGCUCCUGCCCGGCCCCAAGACUGCCCCAUGA